UUGGUUAGACUCGCACGCUGGGCUUGUCAUUUCAUUACAUUAAGUACAUUCCAUUUAUUACUUAAAAGUAACGAUGAGUCGACGAUGACGACUAAUAGCAAUUGUCUAAAUUUAACAAUAAUAUAGGUACAGCCUGCGCAGAGAAAUAUUAUUAUAGGUGAUAUACCUACAUAUACGUAAAAUUAUGUGGGUAGUACGAGUAUCAGCAGCAGGAGUAGCAAUUGUGGAGUUUGAGUGAUUUAACAGAGAGCCGCUGUCAUGACAAGCGAUAGCUAUGUCGUUCCGCAAAAAGCAUGGGAAUUGCAAGGGCGAAAAGGUCGACUACAAGGUUCGUCUCGAGCACAAACUCUACCUGGCCAGGAUGAGUCCUUCGCCAGUGUAUGACCUGUCAGAAUGUAAUUUGGAAAAUGUACCAUCAAGUACCUAUUUGCUGUGUGAAGUUUUCAGAAAGGAAACACUGUUAUUGCAGUGUAAUAGGCUGAAAUCUUUAUCAGGUGGAGGUGCCUUAAAAAAUCUGUCUCUUGUUACUGCUUUGGACAUACAUUCCAAUGAAUUGAACAGUUUGCCUUCAGACAUUGUUAAUCUCAUAUCACUUAAGGAAUUAUAUUUACAAGAAAACAAUUUGUCUAAACUGCCAAACGAGAUACUGCGCUUGAAGAGUCUUACAAUACUGGAUGUAUCCAAAAAUAAAAUAAAGCAGCUGCCGGAGGGUCUGGGCGAGUUGAAGUCCCUUGUUUCGUUGAACGUCGGUAACAACAAGCCGUUGCAGAAAUUGCCAAAGUCACUAGGUUACGCACAGCAAUUGACGCACCUAGGCGUUGAUGGACUCAAGCUUAUGUACCCCCCAGAAGAUAUUCUUAGUGGAGGGACGAUUAUUAUUGUAGCUUUUUUAGCACAAGAAUGUGGGAUCGACUAUUUGCCCGAAAAUUAUGUUUCCGAGAAUGAUGGAGUGAGCAACGAAAAAGCCCAAAGUGCCCUUCUGCUAUUGUGUGAAAAAGACAACGACGUCCAGGCAACAUUAAUGAAGUUAGAGAAACUUAAGGAACAAAGACAAAAUGCUUUGUUAGAAGUUGAAGAAAAUAUGAAACAACAGCAACAACAAGAGCUUGAAAUGCAGAAUAAAUUAAAGUUGAACAAACAAAAGCUUCUGAAUGACUUGGCACAUCAACAAAUUCAAUUGGAAAAAGAAAUAGAGAAAGUACACCAAGAGAGAGACGUAAAUCGAUCGCGUUUAUUAUCCUGUAUUAAUAAUACUGAAAAAGAAGCUCAUAAUGUGAUUAAAGAAUUCCUACGUAGUAGUGAAGAACUACGUCAAACACAAGCAGAAUUACUAGAAAUAGAAAAGAGAGAAGAGAUGCUAAUAUUGUCACAAAGUCAUUCCAAGCAAUCCUUAUAUCGCACUAAAGAUACUCUUUUGGCUAUGAAAGAUUUAUUAGAAGAAGAACUCCUUAAAGAGAAAAAGCUAACAGAAUAUGCAGCGUUUAGAGACUGCAACGCUCAAUCGUUGUUGAGUUUAGAAGUAAAAAAUAAUAAUCAGCUGUUACAAGUGAUACAAGAUCAGGAGAAAAACAGACAUGAUUUAGUGAGUAGAUUGCGAGAGGACGAGCAGCUUCAGAAAGCAAUGGUAGCAGCUUUAUUAGAACGUAGCGACGCCAGAUCAUGGAGUAUCGUUCAGCAAGUUAACUUGAUCCAGUCUCAACUAGCGGCACUGACGAAAAUCGAAAUGGAGCGCAAAAAGUUGGAGAUUGAUCAGCAAAUUAAUGACAUUGCGGAUAAGAGAAUCACUCUAAGUGCAAUACUGUUGGGUCUACUUGAUCAGCAAGAGGAAAGGAGGCAGCAACUUUUGGAAACUAUCAAGCACAUUGAACAGCAACGAGAUAUUUUUAAUUUAUCAGGAGAAGACAGCCUUUUUUGGCUUCUUCAGUACCAAUCUCUGAUUGAGGCUCGUCCUCAAGGACUUUUGGAAACUCUAGAUCCGUGUUUAGUACGACAUGUUGCUAUAGCAGGAGCCUUACAUUGUUUACCAUUUUUAUCGACUCUUCCGACGCUCAUUCCUCACGUAGAUCAUGAACAAUUAAAAUCCAUUGGCAUCAACAGUGAUAGCGACAGAGUUGCGAUAUUAAUGGCAGUAGAGAAUUAUUUGGCUGAGAAUAAAUUGAACUCUGAAGAUUAUAAUCUUCCAACUGCUCCUCCAGAUGUAGAGCCUAGCACUAGCUCUUUAGAGCCUGAAUACAAGUUUGAACCAAGUGCACCUUCUGAAUGUGUUGUUUGCAUGGAUUUUGAUUGCGAGGUUAUUUUUUUGCCUUGUGGACAUCUGUGUUGUUGCGCACGUUGCACGGAUAUGCUGACAAAUGAUUGCCCAAUGUGCAGAACUACAAUAAAACGCAAAGUCAGAAUCACGCAAUAAAUCUUUCUAUCGAUUUUCCUAU